UUAUGUGGAAGCAAAAGAAUAUUUCGAGAAUCUAAAUUAAGAAUAUUUCGAGGAUCUAAAUUAAGGAGGAUAUUUCGAGAAAUAGGAUUAAGAAGUAAGAAGUAUUGGAUGCAAAAGAAUAAUUCGAGAAUUAG